GUCAUGCUCUAGAAUAUCUCUCAUCAUACCUCUUGCAACAUGGGCUAACACUAUCACCUUCUAAAAGUAGGGUAGUUUUAUUCACCAACAAAAGACGUCUCCCUGUAAUCAAAGUCAAAAUUUACAAUAUUGAAGUUCCUUUUGUCGAUAAUGUUAAGUUCUUGGGUGUAUGGUUGGAUCAAAAAUUGACAGGUGUAAAGCACUUUAACUACAUCUCCCAAAAGUGUGAAAAAAAUAUUAAUAUCCUUCGCUCAUUAUCUGGCGUUUGGUGGGGGGCUCACCCCUUCACCCAAAGAUUGCUAUACAAUGCCAUAAUUCGUAGCCACAUGGAUUAUGGCACGUUACUUUUGGUUCCAGGCAAUAAGGCAGGUUUAGAUAAGUUAGACAAAUUACAGGCAAAAUGUUUGCGCAUUAUAUUAGGAGCUAUGAAAUCUAGUCCUAUUAAUGCUAUGCAGGUCGAGUGUGUAGAACCUCCCCUCUCGCUUCGUCGACAGUUCCUCGCUAAUAAACUGUUUUUUAAAUUUGCGGAAUUCCGGGAUCACCCUUUGCUGCAUAAAUUAGAUCAAUUAGUUGGCCUAUACAACAAUAACCAAAUUUCUCAAGAUAAGAGAUCAUGUCUUGCCCAUAGUUACCUAUUGUACUCUCAACUCCCUAACCCCUUUUUUCAACUUUCGAAAUUACCGCUAUUCUCAAUGCCUUUCAAUGCACUCACCUUCCAACCCUUAAUAAUUUUAGAUCUGGGCAUUAAUAAGUUCAUCAUAGAAGCUAACAAAACAUUUUCUCAUGUUAUGCAUUCAGAUUUCCAAAAUUGGCAUAAGAUUUUCACUGAUGCUUCUAAAAUACACAUGAGCCCAGUUGGUGUUGCAGUAUGGAUCCCCUCCACAAGAAUUGUAUUAAGUUAUAGCUGCCCAACUGUCACUUCGGUAUUCACAGGGGAAGCAAUUGCUAUACUUGAAGCUAUUUUAUUUAUUAAGUCCCAUGGCCUAAACAAUUCUAUUAUAUUAUCAGACUCCAAAAGCUGCCUUCAAUCCAUCCUCUCAAAUCCAUUUCGCUCAAAAAGUAGGUUUCCAAUUAUACUUAAGAUAAGAAAAAACUUGAAAGAGUGCUAUGAUCUCAACAUCAACAUAGUUCUAGCAUGGAUACCAGGCCAUGCAGGUAUAAUCGGCAAUGAAAAUGCUGAUGCUUGUGCCAGGUCAGCUGCUCAUACAGGUUCCCAACAACAUUCUCAAAUCUUCUCUCAUGACUUGUGCUCCACUUUGAAAAUAAAUAUGUUUGAGAGGUGGUCAAACAUCUGGCAGGUUUCCAAAACUGCUAAAGGCGUCUUUUAUGGUGAUAUACAACCUGUAAUCCCUUUAAAACCGUGGUUCUCGAAAUUUAGAUUCCCCAAUAAAUCAAUAAUAUCAACAGUUUGCCGGUUACGCUUAAACCACUCUUGCACUCCAGUAUUCCUAGCCAAAUUAAGAAUUAGAGACCAUUCUCUAUGUGAAUGUGGACUUGAUGAGGGAAAUGUAGACCAUUUAUUCUUUAAUUGCCCUUUAAUGAAGUCUUCCUUGUACAACUUUAUACCUCCUGAAAUCCCCCGCCCCACCUCCAUGAAAUGCCUCCUCACCUUUGUUUUCACUCCUUUUGUAAAUACUUUAUGUAUAAUAAGAAAAUAAAUCUGUUUUGAUUCUGGGCAACGGUCGUUACUAUAAUCACUUAUAAAUUCGUUUACACCGAUCAAAUUACACACUCUAAGCUUGUUGGUCUACUGAAACGUGACAUUGGCGAGUUGUGGUGCCCCUUCCACAGAAGCCACUAGAAAGAAUAGAAUAGA